ACACCACCUGAGUUCUAUCACAACACCCUAAGCAUCCUCAAGUCUAAUGCUGACCUUUGUUAUGCUGCCUUAUCAGCUAUCCCUGGCCUUCAGCCUGUGAGGCCCGCUGGAGCCAUGUACCUGAUGGUCCUUUGCAAUCAUGGUGAAGUCUAGAAGAGUACAGGUGCUCCUGAUUCUGGUAGUUCUGUCCUUCCUUCUGAUCCACUUCCUACCCUGCAGCAACAAUGCUCACAUGGGAGAAAAACCUUCUCCUGUCCACAUCCUCAUUCUCUCCUCCUGGCGGUCUGGAUCCUCCUUCACGGGACAAAUCUUCAGCCAGCAUCCCAGCGUUUUCUACCUGAUGGAACCUGCAUGGCACGUUUGGGUUAAGAUGUACCAGAACAGUGCCAAAGUCUUACACAUGGCAGUGCGGGACUUAGUCAGGUCGGUCUUUCUGUGUGACAUGUCUGUGUUUGAUGCUUACAUGUCUAGCCAGAAGAAGAAGUCUGAUUUAUUUCAGUGGGAGACAAGCCGAGCCUUGUGCUCCCCACCUGCCUGUGACUCAUUCAGUCGCAGUGACAUAAUCACUGCAGGCAAUUGCAAAACAAUCUGUGGCAAAUACCCAUUCAGCAAGGUGGAGGAAGCUUGUAAAACCUAUAGCCAUGUUGCCAUCAAGGAAGUUCGGUUCUUUGACCUGAAAGUUCUCUAUCCCCUUCUCACUGAUCCAUCCCUGAAUCUCAAAAUCAUUCACUUGGUACGUGAUCCUCGGGCUGUGUUCAGGUCCCGAGAGAAUACAAUGGCAGACCUGAAACGUGACAGUAACAUCGUUGUGGGGUCUCAGAAGACAAAGGGAGAAAUGGGGCCCUACAACACAAUGCAAGUAAUCUGCAAAAGCCACGUUGAGAUCUACAAGGCUGGAAGUCAGGCCGCUCCAAGCUUCCUGAAAGAUCGGUAUCUGCUGGUUCGCUAUGAAGACAUUGUCAGAGACCCACUAGCAAGGGCUGCUCAGAUGUACAGGUUUGCAGAACUCCAUUUCACACCAGAGCUUCAGAAGUGGGUCCACAACAUCACCCAUGGGAAGGGUCAUGGAGCACAGGCCUUUGAUAUUGGGUCAAGAGAUGCACUGAGAGUAUCCCAGGCCUGGAGAAAGACACUUCCCUUCCAGAAAAUAGAGAAAGUGCAAAACGUGUGCAAAGAUGCAAUGGAUUUGCUGGGCUACCGGAUUGUUCAGUCUGAAGAAGAGCAGAAAAAUAUGUCCCUGGAUCUUUUGUUUGCCCAGAACUCCUCUGAGCAUCAAAUUUUGAAGGCAGAAAAGCUGGUAUCUACACUUACUCUUUGAAGGCUGCAGAGUGCUGAACUGUUCACUAGAGCAAAAGAAGACAGAGGUGCAGGCAUAGAAGCUUAGGAGGGUGUGCAUACAUGCACAUGGAUGCAAGGACAAGUGGUACAAGAACCCUGGCUAUAUUCAGGAGAGCUCUCAGCAGCACAGGGUCACUCUCCAAGAGCCCUGGAGAUUCAGCCAGAAUGGAGGCUAAAGUAAUGCAAGUUUGUUUCCCAAAUUAAUUGUUUAGGUUGGAGCAUACAGAAUGCCAGAGUAGGACCAAAUAGCAGAAGCUCAACCCCCCCACAGACCACAGCUGAAGACUAGGGAAACCACACAGAGCAAUUGCACUUCAAAGAUGAAAUAUAAAAGGAAGCUGAAUGAAGAAAACAUUACUUGACAUGCUGCUAUGCAGGAUAUGUAGUCUCAGAAAAGAUGUGAGGAUGACCGGAUAUUUGGUUUCCAGAAAGAUGUUUGGUUUGGGUUUUUUUUUUUUUUUAAUGGUUGCGUUUUCAAGUCCAGUUUUCCUUUUGCUCCACUCGUGUGCCUGCGUAUCCAGCCUUGGUGGUAAAGGUGGGGAAAUGUUUGUGUUCACUUACUGUAUAGUGGGAAAAUGGAAUAAACCAGCUAUUACUGAAAAUAAAAACUCCUGGGCUUUCAUGUGGGAAACUAUUUCUGGGAUUAUGUGAAUCUAUUUAUUUUUUAGCUGAAAUAAUUCUGUCUUGUAGCUUUCAAACGCAGUAACAGUUAUUUUCCUGGGAACUCCCACAGUCCACAUGGGUGGCAGAAGAAUUCACGCUAAGGUUGAAAUCCUAAAGACAAGGUAAAGACACAGAUUUCAUUGGCAUAUAUACUGAAACUGAGAAGACAGGUUAAUGGGAGUGGAUUGAAGAAAACCAAGAGAAGAUCAGGA